AUGGAACCCAUGGAACCCUUCCCGGCGAACGUCGACCACCCGCUGCAUUCCAAAAACAAGGCAGGCGAGCCUCAAGUCCAGAUCGACGAGUUGCCCACCUUGAAUCGGACGCGCAUAGGAGGAACUCCCGAUGCGACAUCGACUUUACGCCGUGCCAAUACCGUCGCACAAGGCGGCAACAUAAUCAAGCGGAAUUUGGAACUGAAGGCCCUCCGGGAUAGGACAGCUACGACGGGGGUCCGGGCGAAAGACAGCCAUGAAUUGUUACGAAAAACUCCCUUACAACGCUCACAGACACACCGGGGCCCACUGGAGGCGCGUCCGGCGCCGAGGAAGGCUGGUCAUUUCACCGUUGGCAGUGUCGGCCAGAACGGGAAGAUCUUUCUCAGAGUCACGCGCAUCUCCGAGAUGAUCCCUCGCGGUGGUCCAGUUCGCAGCUGUCUGAACUACGCCCCCGUGGGGAGCCGUCGGUUCCCCUCGCGAGGGAGCGACUUCGGUUUCGACGAUUUCCGAGAAGCAGUCAGUGGCCGGAGCCGGGAAACGGGGGAGCUGCGCAUCGUGAUCGAUCGAUCGGAGGAUCGGCCAAAAUCUGCUGAUGAGAAAACCCCCAAUACCGCGCUGGGGGUCCCGAUGCCUCGUUAUCGGCUCGGUUCACCACGGUUCAACACAGAAGGUAGCGCGGGCCUGCAGAGUUCCGUCUACACGCGGACCUCAAUGUCCGAUAAUUUUCGAAAUUCGACCUUAUUGGGCGGUAUGGCGGAUCCGCUGCCGACACAUCUGUCGAGUGGACAUUGCAGAGACUCAUACUCACGGCACCGCCCGUCCUUCGCGGUCUCCAUGUUCUCGGGGACGGCGGCCAUUGAUCUCAGCCGGGCCUCGCCAGCGCCGCGAAACUCCAUGGUUUAUGAAUUGAAAGGACCAGUGGAACCCUCCAUCUACGAAACUCUGGUAUCGGACAUGGACAGCGAAGCCGUCGUGCGCUAUAUACCCGGCACCAAGGAUAUCAGUGCUGCUACGCCUGCUCGGAUCGUCGCGCAGAUCUCUUCCGAAUCUUUCAUGGAUUAUGAGCUCGUGUCGGACUUCUUUCUUACCUUCCGCUGCUAUCUUUCGCCAAGCCACCUUCUUGCAUUGCUUCUCGCACGCUUGAAAUGGGCUAUCAACCGCCUGCAGGAGGAUGGAAGAAUUAUCCGCAUCCGCACCUUUGCUGCUCUCCGCCAUUGGAUUCUGAAUUAUUUUGUGGAUGACUUCAUCACCCAUUAUGAUCUUCGAACUCACUUCUGUGAAACUAUCAAUGAUCUGUAUGAAGACGUCAAGUCUCGGGAGAAUGGCGGGAUGAGUGAUUUGAAAAUCCUCCUUGACUUGAAGCGUUGCUGGAACGGCAAGUGCUCGAUCUACUGGACCACCUCCGACUAUUCUCGCACAUACAACGACCCCGAUAGUCCGAUUGCACCUGGAAGCAUCCACUUCGAGCUACCCAAUGGCGAUGCAUUUCAGCCAGACGUUCCACCCGCAGAAACUAGUUUCCAGGAGUCCGCCCCCGCUCCAUCUCAUCAUGAUCGAAACGACUCUGCUGCAACUACUCAGAGUAUUCCCUUUUCAACGAAAAGUGACCAAAGUCUAAUGGCACUUUCUUGCUCGCUGCCUCCUAGAUCACCGAAGCGCUUUUCGUUCUCCCACUCCAAGGGCAAGGGGCCACGUCCGGUGCCAUUGGGCCUGACAAAGACGACAUCUCCGCAUGAGCCACCUCCCUCAUCGCCGGUGAUACCGCGCCAUCCGUUCCAUGGCCACGGCCAUAAGCGAAGUGCCAGCUUCUCAGACUCGGUACGAGAUGAUCGGCUGCCCUCGUCGGGAAUGGAAGCUGGAUCUACGGGGACAGCUCCCCAGGAAAUCUUGGACCCUGUUAGCUUCAUUCGAGGAGCAUUAUAUCCCCCCGCAGAAUCAUAUAUGACCAUGAUGGCGCCGGAAUCACCUCCCUUGGCUCCUCCUCAGUCGAACUCUAACCCAGACCGGAGGAGCACACCGGAUGGAGGGCCCAGAAUAGGCCAGUCCAAUUCCGGGAUGAGAACUAUAAUUGGCUCAAUUAAACGUGCACUGCAUACAAGGAAUGGAGGCCAAAGUGUUUCCGCACGGAUUGCAAAUGUUUCGGAAGCAAUCUCAUUGCCCUCUCGUGGAAAGACAUCUGCCAUGCCCAAUAAUAUCUCUUUAGGGUCCGAAUUCUACAGGGAGAGGAAGAUGGCUGCGAUUCCCAAGCGUCCAGCAAGGAUUGAUGUGCUCUGUGAUGAGGCUCUGAGGCAAUAUCGUCUAGCCAUUAAUCCAAAUGAGGCCCAGGGGGAGCUCCAACCACCGGCGAGUGCGCAGCGGCCCCAGAUCACACUACAACAAUCUUCUCCAAACCCAGGGGAGCAGUCCUCUCUCCAGGCACCUCGAGCCGAGCAGUCGAAAAUUAAGAGUGGCAUUACCUCAGGUAGUGGAUCCAUUGUUAUUGUUGAUGACACCGGAUUUGAGUUUCCUUUAAUGACUGGAGCUAUGCAAGAGGAGCCCGGACCGGAUGUUUUGGACCAUCAUGUUCGUUCAACUUCCGACAGCAGAGUGACUUCGGAUGGCCAAUCAACACAAAUGGAAGGCGAGUAUCUGCUUCCGGUAUUCUACAAUGGUGAGGAGCCAUCCACUCCGGUACCAGAGCCACCUCUCCAUCGUCCUUCGGUCAUUUCUUCUCAACGGAGGUCUUACAUUGAAGGCCAAAUCCCACCCACUAAGAGGAUGUCACUUUCUCUUCGUCUCCGGAAGUACGCAUCGUUCCAGAGCGGGAUGUCUCGACAACGCCAAUCAAUGGGCAGUGACCCAGGCAAGUCUAUUUCCAGCUCUAGUUUUGCGCAGGAAUCAUCGGAUAAACCAUUUGGCCCGGCACUCCGCAGACGACCCGGUGGAAAUCUGCGACAAAUGCAAUUUGUCGACGAUAAUGACCCCGAACCGGACCGGCAAUCUUUCAUAUCCAACCAAUCUUGUGGCGACUCCCUAGCGGAGACAACGACAACGACCACGGAUGUUGUGUCAAGACCACCAACCGCCCUGGUUCCUCCAAAUCCUCGCUAUUCUUUGAUACACGGUGGAGCCAACCGAAAUGUGCGACGCUCCUUUGAAGCAGCGAUUGCCCGAUUUGCUGAAAUCCCUGAUGAUGAUGACGGUGGAGUUGAAUCGACUUUGCUUAAGCUCGAGGGAAAAUGGAGUCCUCCUUCGUCUGCAACUUUUCCGGCCGGCCAGGAGCAGCCCGAGAGCUCUCUGGGACCCACUGGCAAACAAACAUACAACCGUCAACACAAGGACUAUGCCGGUGGGGAUCGCAGACGCCAGACCGACAUAUCAGCGUACUCCACUGUCGGGGGUCGGCUGGCACCGCCCCGGCCCUAUUCUGACUCCGUGGCAGAGUCCGAAGAAUCAUAUAACUCGAUCCCACUUCUCGAACGAGGCUUGUCAGACGAGUCUAUGAAGCCUCCCGCAAACAGAAGCGUCACCCAUAAUACCUGUGGGGCUCCUCUCAGCCUUGUCUCCAGCGGAGACACAUCGGAGCUAGCAUCGUCCCAUCCCUCGAUCCAGAUCAUCCAGAAGACAGAAAGCAUCCAGCGGAUUCCUCGGGGCUCAACCAAUCCCACAUCAGGUCCUCUCAACCUCGGCCAAGAAACACCCAAGCACAGAUCGGCUCUGUCCUCCGAUAUGUCUGUCGAUAUGGUUGACUCGCGUGAAGCCAUGGAGGGUCGUAUAUCGACCGAUACUCGCAGUCUGACAGUGUCGACUGUCGAGAUUCCGCCUCAUCCGUUGGCGCACCCGCCCUCUCCCCCCGAUGACCAUCCAGCACCCAGGCUCUUUUGGUUCUUGCGCUUCGCCAAUGGACAAAGUGUUGUUUCAAGCGCAGCCUCUUACGCCGGAUACCUCUCCUCGGCGCCUAAUGUCCUCUCGAAUUCUGAGCAGUAUCACGCCUCGCCAAAUCCUCUCAACGAAACUGGGCCCAGCCAUGUGCCAUUCGUGCUUGCGUGCGAAUCUCAGGUGCUAGCUCAGCAACUGACCCUCGUCGAGAUGGCAGCCUUGAGUGAAGUCGAUUGGCGGGAUCUGGUCGAGAUGAGAUGGAGCAGUGGUUCGCCAUGCAUUGUCAGUUGGGUCCAGUUCCUUAGUGCGGAAGAACGUAAGGGUAUCGAUUUGGUUGUUGGCCGCUUCAACCUGAUGGUAAAAUGGGUCGUGUCUGAAAUCAUUUUGACCCUCGAUAUUCACGAGCGGGUACGCACUGUCAUCAAGUUCAUUCACACUGCCGCCCAUGCCCGCCGCAUCUGCAACUAUGCUACCAUGCUUCAGAUCGCCAUUGCUCUGUCUUCUUCUGAUUGUUCUCGGCUGCAGAAAACCUGGCAACUGAUUCCUCAGGAGGACAAGCGACUGUUCAAAGACAUGGAGUGUUUGAUUCAACCAGUGCGCAACUUCCAUGAUCUCCGGGUCGAGAUGGAGACAGCCAAUCUUCAAGAAGGCUGUAUUCCAUUCAUCGGCUUGUACGUCCAUGAUCUUACCUACAACGCACAAAAGCCCGCCCAAGUCAACAGCAACGCGGGUGGCUUACUGGUCAACUUUGAGCGAUACCGCACUGCUGCGCGUAUUGUUAAAAGCCUACUCCGUCUUAUCGACGCCAGCACCAAGUACCGCUUCGAGCCCGUACAGGGUAUCAUUGAGCGAUGCUUGUGGAUCGCAUCUCUUUCUGAAGAGGAUAUUCAGUCCCGCAGCAAGAGCCUCGAGUGA